CUUCAACUAAAGACCAGCAACACCAAAAAGCACAAAAAAAUUUGGGUCCCUAUUCUCGGCUGUUCUUACAAAUUUGAGAGGUACAGUUUUCCCAGAACAAAAUUCUUUGUUCUUGAUCAGCAUUCAAACCUCAGGUCUUGUUCGAUAAGGCUCAGAGGAAAGAAAUAUGCAGAGGGAGAGAGAGGUACGCGACGAGGCCUCAAGCAGCAAUGCAUUUGGAGGGCUGGGGGAAAAGAUUUCCAGCAUUUUCGGAAGAUCUGGCUCGUUUGGUAGCUUUUUUGGAUCGAAAAGACCCGUUCCAAAAGAAGCUCGUCCUGAUGAUUUACCAAGAGCUAGCAAGCCCACUGGACCUGUCAUUGAGGAGCUGGACACCAAUGAUCAUGAUGAUGAGGAGGAGGAUGAAGUAGAAAAGUGUGGAGAUAACAAACAUCAGAGAAGUCGAUCCGGUGAUUGGACCAACAGAAACCCACUUGUUGAGCAUCCGGAGGAUCAAGCUGAUGACCAUAACAAGGCCAAUAGCAUGAGGAAAAAUUCAUCUUUUGGGAGCAUUGAAGGAACUCGAAGUGUGAGCUACACAAGAGUAACAUAUGGCGGCAUAAACGGGGCCUAUUUAACUGCUUCAACAAGCCGCCUGACAGGAAGUGAUGGAAGGGUGUGGGAGGAAACCAGACAUGCGGAUACUACAACUGGCGAAGCAACUCACAGAAUCUCCAGAGGAAUACAUGAUAAGGGACACACAGUUACACGGAAGCUUAAAUCCGAUGGGAAGGUGGAUGCAAUGGAGACGUUGCACAAUUUGGAAAAAGAUGAUUUGGUUGGUUUUGAGCAAGAUUGGAAGGUUAACGCCGGUAAGCAUAUGCCAAGGUGGAAUGAUGGGCUGGACUUUCACCCCGAAAGGGCAUUGAAGUAUGAUGCCAAUAACAAUAGAGGGGCUCCAAUCAGCAGCUUUUUGACCAAAUGGGACUCACCUUUUAGAGAUGGCCUUGGAGGUCCAAGGCCUGAUCUUGAUGUCACGGCACACCCAUCCGGAGGGAGACCAAAAAAGGUUGUAAGGAUUAACAUUGAAUGAUUAACAUUAAUGGUGUGUGUACACACCCUCUCCAGACUCUACUCCUAUAGAACUCUACUGGGUUUGUUGUGUUUCUAUAGUCAUUGGAUUGUCUUGAUAUGUUUUCCAACUUCAAUUUCUUUGUAUUUUUGUUGCCAUGUUUGUAUACAUGUGUAUCACUGCAUUAUAACUGUCAUAUUUCAAUAUUUGGCUUCUUCAUUUUCCCCUAUUCUAGAUUAAACUUGACAUUUGGUG